AUGGCUCUGCUAAAGGUGCACGGACCUGUCCGGAUGCGCAGCAUGCAGACUGGGAUUACAAAAUGGAAAGAAGGGAGCUUUGAAAUUGUGGAGAAAGACAACAAAGUGAGUCUGGUGGUUCACUACAAUGUUGGAGGGAGUCCAAAGACGUUUCAGCUAAGCCAUAACAUUAAAACUGUGACACUACGACCAAAUGGUAGAAAGCUGUGCUGCCUAAUGCUAACACUAAAGGAUACCAGCUUCCUGACAAUAGAUAAGGUACCAUUUAAAGAUGCCAAUGAAAUGCGGAUGUAUUUGGAUGCAGUCCAUCAAGACAGGUUUCAUACUGUUGGAAAACCCUCUCAGGGAUCUGGCAGCUUUGGAGGUGUGCUGGGCAGCAGGACCACACAGAAGGAAGUUAACAGGCAAUUCUCUUACAUAGAGAACCAGACUCCUCCCAAAAGAGUGGUCGUGGAAAGUAAGGAGGAAAAUGCAUUACGCAAGGUACUGGGUACUCCCCCGAGAGCGUCCAUUAAGAAUUCCUCUGGAACUGGAACACCUAGCAACAGGGUGAACAUCUCAGCAUCUCCUGCGUCCUCAGUCCCCCACAGAACGGGCUUGUUGGAGAAUCGUGAAAAGAGGAAAAGGACACAACCUCCUGGUUCAGAAAUGAGUGAAGAUUAUCCCAAAGAGAAUGAUUCUUCAACGAAUAAUAAAGCCUUGAGUGAUCCAGCAUGGAAGUACUUGAACAGUAGCAGAGAGAAACAGUUAAAUCUGAAGCAGGCAGAGGAAAAUAGGACAUCAGGUAUUUUGCCACUGCAGUCAUCAUCCUUUUAUAGUAGUCGGUCUUCAUCAAAAGAGUACUCCACUGGCAGUUCCACCCUGGACAGGUCUAGUGUAUCCGGCCAGACCCCUUCAGCCAAAAGAAGCCUGGGAUUUCUUUCUCAGCCUGCUCCUCUUUCUGUUAAAAAAAUGAGAUCUAAUCAAGAUUACACAGGGUGGAACAAACCCCGAGUGCCACUUUCCACCCAUCCUCAACAACAAUUACAAGGAUUUUCAAACCUGGGAAACACCUGCUACAUGAAUGCCAUUCUACAGUCCUUGUUUUCUAUUCAGUCUUUUGCUAAUGAUUUGCUGAAGCAGGGUAUCCCAUGGAAAAAAAUCCCACUCAAUGCCCUUAUCAGACGUUUUGCCCAUCUGCUUGCUAAAAAGGAUGUCUGCAGCCCUGAGGUUAAGAAGGAGCUGCUCAAGAAAGUGAAAAGUGCCAUUUCAGCUACUGCAGAGAGAUUUUCUGGGUACAUGCAAAACGACGCACAUGAGUUCUUGAGCCAGUGCCUGGAUCAGCUGAAGGAAGACAUGGAAAAGUUAAACAAAACUUGGAAGAGUGAGCCAGUCCCGAAUGAGGAGAACUCACCUGGACGAGCUUCUGAUGAUGUCUCAGCCACCAAAGUUUAUACGUGUCCAGUUAUCAGUAACUUAGAGUUUGAGGUUCAACAUUCUAUCAUUUGCAAAAUGUGUGGUGAAACAGUCACUAAACGUGAACAGUUUAAUGACCUCUCCAUUGACCUUCCUCGAAGAAAGAAAUUGCUUCCUUCCCGAUCAAUCCAGGAUUCCCUUGACCUCUUUUUUCGGGCAGAGGAGAUUGAGUAUUCCUGUGAGAAGUGCAAUGGAAAGUCUGCUGUUGUCACACACAAGUUCAACAGGCUUCCCAGGUAAAUAACAGUAAAUAUAUCCUGGAAUUUUAAUAUUUUGUGCUUAGCUGACCUGGUGGGCAGGGCUGAGUUGGAGGCAUUUAGUGCCAGAAG